CUCCCACCCAGCCAUGUCCACCGCAGGUCAAGUCAUCAAGCGAGCCCUCAAGCUCGAGGAGGUCGAGGUCGCGCCCCCACGCGCCCACGAAGUCCGCGUUAAGAUCCUCUACACGGGUAUCUGCCACACGGACGAGUACACCCGCAGCGGCAAGGAUCCCGAGGGUGUGUUCCCCGUCGUUCUCGGCCACGAGGGUGGCGGAAUUGUCGAGUCCGUCGGCGAAGGCGUUACGAGCGUCUCUGUUGGCGACCAUGUCAUCCCCCUCUACACUGCCGAGUGCCGCGAGUGCAAGUUCUGCAAGAGCGGCAAGACGAACCUGUGCGGUAGCGUGCGUGCCACCCAGGGUCGUGGUCUGAUGCCAGACGAGUCCGUCCGCUUCACCUGCAAAGGCCAACCCAUCAACCACUUUAUGGGCACGUCAACCUUCUCCCAAUACACCGUCGUCGCGGACCCCCAAGGCCCCCUCGAGCGUGUCUGCCUGCUCGGCUGCGGCAUCACCACCGCCUGGGGAGCAGUCGUAAAGCAGCCGGGCAUCCAGGGUAGCACCGUCGCCGUCUUCGGCUGCGGCGCCAUCGGCCUCGGUGUCAUCGCCACGUCCGCGCUCGUCAAGGCCUCGCGCAUCAUCGCCGUCGACACGAACCCGGGCAAGGAGGCCUGGGCGAAGAAGAUGGGCGCGACCGACUUCGUGAACCCCGCCAAGCUGGCGGAGGGCAAGCGCAUCCAGGAUUACCUCGUCGAGAUCACCGAUGGCGGCCUCGACUUCACGUUCGACUGCACGGGCAACGUCCACGUUAUGCGUACCGCGCUCGAGGCGUGCCACAAGGGAUGGGGCGUCAGCACCAUCAUCGGUGUCGCUGCUGCCGGUCAGGAGAUCUCUACGAGACCGUUCCAGCUCGUCACUGGUCGGACCUGGCGCGGUAGCGCGUUCGGUGGUGUGAAGGGCCGCACCGAGAUCCCCGGUCUCGUCGAGGACUACCUCCAGGGCAAGGUGAAGAUCGACGAGUACGUCACUCACAGCCGGACACUCGACGACAUCAACGCCGGCUUCGCCGACAUGCACGCCGGAGAUUGCAUCCGCUGCGUCGUCGAUAUGUCUUAAAGCCCGUUUGGUUCAGCGGCGCGCUGCUAGAGAAAAGUGCGAGAAGGGAGAAUAUGUAGCUGUCACAUUGUAUCAUCAUAACAAUGCAAUCGUCUUGUAGCACAGACUUUCACGAAAUGACAAGUGAGUUGAGAGCGGAC